AAGUCUCCUUACCGGUGCUUAUACAUGUACUUACAUCAAUUCAAGGAGCAGCAAAGUAAAACGAAUUGUCAAACUGGCUAAUUAUAAUGCGUUUUCAGUGGGGUGGUAUUUUUUGACAAAACCAAAAGGAGGAAUUUAUGUCAGAAGAACAGAAACUGUAGCCCACAUUUAGACUUAUUGUCCCCCUGUUAUGCAGCUCUUCUCAUCUUCAAUCCCAUCUGACCCCGCUCACCCGGCUCCUGCUGCCGGUGGAAGUGUUUGGUUUAGCCACAGGGCGCGCGCCGGAGGAGGAGUUGAUAUUGUGGCUGCAGUGUGUGACAGUUAAACGGCGCGCUCAGACGCACAGAGCCACAGCACCAUCACCACCACAACCUGGAGACACCACGGCUACUGUGCGCUGUGCCCACCCGGGAUGUGACAUGACUUGUCCGAGUAAGAUCUGGACUCCUCCUCGCUCACUCUGACUUUUACUGAAGUAGCAGCAGACCGUCAGUAGGCACCUUGUGAGUUUCUAAGAAGUGGCCAGGCUGCUGUUUUCUCUCUGCUUCAAUCGUCCAAGUGUCUGCUGUUGUCGGACCGCUCGUUUCUCCAAUAAGAUGCCAUGGGCUUUGUUGUCCAAUUCAUUAGAGAGAUUCCUGAGUCCACUGGCCACGCUGGAGCCCUCUCAUUUCUGGCUGCUGAAUAGAAUGGCCGCUGAUGACCGGCACCUACCCUCCAGUUGUGGGUCCUACAUCAAGACGGAGCCAUCCAGUCCCUCCUCAGUCAUCGACACGGUCAGCCACCACAGCCCCAGCGGCAACUCAGACGCCAGCGGCGGCUAUGUCAGCACUAUGAAUAGCCACUCCAACGGUUUGGACUCUCCACCCAUGUUCACCCCCAACGGGCUCGGAGCCGCCUCCUGCCGCAAGCGCUACGAUGACUGCUCCAGCACCAUCAUGGAGGACUCGUCCAUAAAGUGCGAAUACAUGUUGAACUCCCUCCCCAAGAGGCUGUGCCUGGUCUGUGGAGAUAUAGCCUCGGGGUAUCACUAUGGGGUGGCCUCUUGUGAGGCCUGCAAAGCCUUUUUUAAAAGGACAAUACAAGGUAACAUAGAGUACAGCUGUCCUGCCACAAACGAGUGCGAGAUCACAAAACGGAGACGCAAAUCAUGUCAGGCUUGUCGCUUCAUGAAAUGCCUCAAAGUGGGGAUGCUCAAAGAAGGUAAGAAGAGGGUUCGUCUGGACCGCGUGCGAGGGGGCAGACAGAAGUACAAGCGGAGGUUGGAUGCAGAAAACAAUCCGUACCUGGGCUUGACGCUCCCCCCUCCCACCAAAAAGCCUCUCACAAAGAUAGUGUCUCACCUGUUGGUGGCGGAGCCCGAGAAGAUCUACGCCAUGCCUGACCCCACCAUGCCAGAGAGCGACAUCAAGGCUCUGACCACGCUGUGCGACCUGGCAGACCGCGAGCUGGUGGUCAUCAUUGGCUGGGCCAAACACAUCCCAGGUUUCUCCUCCCUCUCUCUGGGCGAUCAGAUGAGUCUACUGCAGAGCGCCUGGAUGGAGAUCCUCAUCCUCAGCAUCGUGUUCCGCUCCCUGCCUUACGAGGACGAGCUGGUGUACGCUGAGGACUACAUCAUGGACGAGGAGCACUCGCGGCUGACGGGCCUGCUCGACCUCUAUGUCUCCAUUCUGCAGCUGGUCCGCAAGUGCAAGAAGCUCAAAGUGGAGAAGGAGGAGUUUGUCACCCUCAAGGCCAUCGCUCUUGCCAACUCAGACUCUAUGCACAUAGAGGACAUGGAGGCAGUCCAGAAGCUCCAGGACGCUCUGCAUGAGGCCCUGCAGGACUACGAGAGCGGCCAGCACCAAGAGGACCCGCGACGGGCAGGCAAGCUGCUCAUGAUGCUGCCUCUGCUGAGGCAGACGGCAACCAAGGCCGUGCAGCACUUUUACAGCAUCAAAGUGCAGGGCAAGGUGCCCAUGCACAAACUCUUCCUAGAGAUGCUUGAGGCCAAGGUCUGAUCGAUGGUGAGAGUACGGAAAGAGACUUGAACGAAACCAGGAGAGGAAGACCCCCAAGAACUGAGGCAGGACAGAGACCAAUCUCUCUUACUCCCCCUCCUCCUGGAACCCCGGACACUGAAUAAAAAAGAACAAAAUGCAAAACUUGGUUAUUAGUAUAAAUAUAAAAAUGAUGCAGAUUAAUUUAAAAUAUAUAAGAAAUACUAUGUACAGUAAUAAUUUUUUGUUUUUUGUUAAUUGUCAGUGGUCAUACUGUAAAUGAAGGACCCCGCUGCCCCUCAGCAUCUUCAGAACAAAAAGCUGCCAGAUCUUGAUAACAAGAAAAAGCGUUUUCUUUUUAAAUUGUUCUGAAGACAGCCGAGGUGUCGACAUCCAUAAACAGACUCACUUGUCUCACAGCUGUGUUUUUGCCUGGACUUUACCAGGACAUGUAUAUAUUUAUUAAUGGAAGACUGAGUGUACAGUUCAAAGUCUGGUGACCUUGGUGGCCAUUUUCUCUUGUUCCCCUCCUGGAAAAAAAAGACCUAAAUGUGAACUCUUAUCAGUUUAAAUGUACUUGGAUAUACCUCUCAGAGCAGUAAGCCGUGUGAUCUUUGUGGAUCUGUCUCAGACUGGAAGACUUGCUGGUCCCAUGUUUAACCAAACUAGCAUAGGCAGGUAAAAAUAGUCAGUUGUCUUAUUCUGUAGUAACUCAGCAAUAAAGGGAGCUGUGGAGAAAACAGGCAUAACCUCUAUCGUUCAUGUGCUUUACAAUGCUGCUGUUGCUGUAAGACCAUGCCUGUGAGUCUCUGUCCCACCAGUUUGACACACCACUGCACCACUGUCGCACACUAGUGUUCCUCCUCUCCUUGUGUCGGUGCUCUUCAUGCAACCCAUUGAACCCCAAAUUUGGUCAUUGUUUAAGGCCGUGGAAAUUGCCUCUUGGCAUGCAAAUAGAUGACCUGAUUCACGCUAGGUGAAAGAUGAUCAGCAGGUUUGGCGUUGGCAGUAUCAAAGGAUUUAUGCCGAGUGGCAUACGUCCAGGAGAUUCCAUGUUCAAACAAUCAGAGGCCCAUAUGUCAACCACUCUAUUUUGGGCCCCUUUAAGCCUGUGGCAGAGUCAUCCCACACACAGGGAGCAAGGUGCCCAGCAUCUGCUCUCACCAUUUUAGACACCUCCCUUCUUUUAAUAGCUGCGCCCGCGUUUAUAGAGCUUCACCCAAACGGAGGUAAACGGCAGGUGCAGAGCAGGAGUGGUGGCACUUCACACUGGGUUUAUUUUUAACCCAGCGGGAGGUUGUUGUCUUUGCGGCCUCCCUCCCUCUUGAAGUACAGUAGACACGUGGAUCACUUCUUCUUGACCUCAUGUUGACUCAACGACCGGUGCAGAGCAGAGUAACACCCUCCACACCGGCCAGGAGGCGGAUGAGCAUCCGUGUGAGGAGCGCUCGGGAUGCCCAAGCAUGCACAUGUGAAUAGCUAUGCAAGAAAUAAAGUGUCAGCAGCAACACAGCAGUGUGUCAGUACAAGGUGUGAUCUCUGGUGGGAGACACUGAUCUCCCUCUCUCUGUAUUCAGCUCCAUGUCCACUGCGCUGGGUGUGAGUAACACUGUAGUCCACUCCACUCCUCUCCAUGCGAGGGGGGGUGGGGGUGUGUCAGAGGUGAAUGCUUAUACUACUGGGAUUUUAUGUGAUGUGAUAAAUUGUGGCACUGUCACAACAAUAUGAUACUGUGAUCAAAGGAAUCCCUGACAUUGCAGUAGGGUUGAGUUGCCGCCAUGCUUGCGAUAUCACUGGCUAGCACUGAUCCUGCAACCUGAUUGGCCACAUUAUGGAGGGUGCCUAGACCCACUCCAGCACCCAAUCAUCGCAACUUUGACUAGUUGCUGUCCAGUUAACAAGCUCCACUGUAGAGGGUGACAGUAUAACUUGAGUUAUUUUGCUGUUGUGCAAUACAACAGGGACCAAUUCUGACUGAAACCAUGCUGAAAGCAUGCUUUUACUUGGAUUUGGGAGAAUUUAUGUGCUAAUAAGUAACAUAUUGUAAAUCCCUCUAAUCACAAACAUGUAACUUGUAAAUCAAAAGAACUAUAUUUGAUUUGCUCCACUGAUAAAAAAAACCAACCUUUUGUGCUUGUUUGAAUAAAAGUGCAGUAUAAAUAAAAACUUUUGCAGAAAAUCUUUACAACUAGAAUUUUGUAGAGGCCCAACAUGAUCAGCCAUAAGAAUCAUAAAUAAUGGGAGUCCUCUCCUCUCCCUUUCUUCUUUUUCCUGUUAAUACGGCACUGUGUUACACAAAAGAACAUGUCUUACAUUAGAAGCUGUGUCUAAGUAUGUAAAUAUAUAAGUGUGGAUACAGUACGUUGCCGAAAUACCAUUGAAAAUAAGGUAUGCAGCGCCCUGCUGACUACUACCUCAUUAUAAUAUUGUCAAUAUUUCACUGAUUCCUCACAUUAUCCUCACGUGUGUGACAUACCUGAGCCAUCCAUGUUUUUACCCAACACACUGCUCCUCCCUCAGUGCUCCUGCCAAAACAUUUGUAACCGUAGUUAUCAAUCUGUUCCCAUUUAUUCUUCAUUGAUCUGUUUGUAAAGGUAAAGCAUGCUUCACGUCCAUCACGGGACUCGGCCAUCAGUGGGCGUGACCCCUCCUCUUUUGGUUACAAAGCGGGUAUGUGUUUUUAUGAACAUCAGUGUGUCAGAAUUGGUCCCUCGAUGAUAAAUUGCAGACAGGGGCAGGUGACUGAUUUCCUGCAUCUGUGCUCUGAGUAUUUAUGGUGUGAAAUAUAUCAUUUGGCGAUGGUGUACAUUGAUAUCUCUGAUCGUUGAAUCACCAAUAUCUGUGUAACUUUUACGUUUUGAUUUUCAAAAAGGUAAAGGAUCAAUGAAUUAAAUACUCCCUGAACUCUGUGA